AUGAGCACAUUUUCUGCUCAUGUAGCUAUUAAUAAAUAUAUUCUCUGCCAAGCUGGCAUUGGAAUCUUAUGCAACAAUUUCCUCCUCCUGCACAUCUUCACAUUCUUGCAGUGUCACAAGCCAAAGCUCACUGAUCUGAUCACCUGUCAUCUGGCCCUUGUACACACAGUGAUGCUUCUCAUUGUGCUAUUUUUGAGGUCUCUAGACCUGUUUGAGUCCCUGAAUUUUUUCAAUGACUUCAAGUGUAAGACUUUGUUCUACAUAAUUAGGGUGAUGAGGGGCCUCUCCAUCUGCACCACCUGCCUCCUGAGCAUCUUCCAGGCCAUCACCAUUUGUCCCAGCACUUCCUGGUUGGCAAAGUUUAAAUAUAAAUCCAUACAUUUUAUCUUCUACUUACUCUUAUCAUUGUGGAUUCUCUGUUUGUGUUUUAGUACUAGCACGAUCUUCCACACUGUGGCGUCUUCCAAUGUGACCCAAACCAAUCUGAUGGUUCUCACUAAAUAUUGUUCAUUUUCCCCCAUAAGCCCUAGCAUCAGGAGUUUAAUGUUCACACUGACAACAUCCAGGGACAUCUUCCUUGUAGCAAUCAUGCUGCUCUCAAGUGUCUACAUGGUGAUCCUCUUGUCCAGGCAUCAGAGGAGGUCCCAGUACCUUCAGAGCACCGUCCUCUCCCCAAGAUCCUCCCCAGAGAAAAGGGCCACCCAGACCAUUCUACUGCUGGUGAGUUUCUUUGUGGUCGUGUACUGGGUGGACUUCAUCAUCUCAUUCUCCUCAAUGAUAUUAUGGUCAUAUGACUCACUUAUCUUGGGUGUACAGGGUGUUGUGGUCAUUGGCUAUGCCACUGUCAGUCCAUUGGUGCUAAUCAGUUCAAAUAAAAAAAGAAUUAAUAUUUUGCAAAUUAUACCAUGGAAAAGCUUUGUAUUUUAA